AUGCGCCUCUUCUGGGUCUUCGCCGCCCUCCUGGCGCUCUGUACGCCUUCCUCAGCUAUCUUCGCCACGCUCAUCAGCCUCUCACCGUCGCUCGCCAAGGCUGUGAUGUUCGGACUAGGCACUCUCGGACCCACGUUCUUCACCACUGGCCUCGUCUACUUUCUCGGCAGACACUUCGGCACCCGUGAGAUCCGGCCCAAGUUCAGGAAGCCGGCGAAGCCGCCUGGCGACCGAUACGACUUUGUGGCUCCGGAGGAGGAGGUGAACGCUGUGAACUACGCAUACUACGCCCCGGAGGAGAGUCAGUACGCCCAGCUGGAUGUACAAGGACCGUACCUGGAGGGACGGAACGCCCCGUUAGCUGAGGAGGAGGCGGAGGCGCAGGAUGAAUCGGUCAAAUCCGCAGCCCCAGAGCCCCAGUUCUUCAACCCUCGGGGCAGGAAGUUCGUCAGCCGGGCCUGCCUCUCCAUCGGCACCAUCUGCUGGGACACGUGUCAGGCGGGCGCGGCCGGGGUGGCCGCCGCCGGCGCCACCGCAGGCGUCACCCGGGCGGUGGUGAUGUCGGCGUUUUUCGGGCUGGCGCCGCUGCUGCUGACGCUGCCGGUGACGGUCGCGCUGACGGUCGGCUGCCGGCGGAUGACGGCGCUGCUCGGCCGGCUCCAGGAGGUGUGCGCUGCCCUGGAGGGGGUCGGCGACUACCAGACGCUGCUGCGCCGUGUCCGCCGCUCCAGCCGCCUGCUGGCCGCGGCGGCGACUGUCCUCAGCUGCUUCCCUCUGCUAGGCGUGUUGGCGGCCGUCAUCCCCGGCUGCGCCACCCUCGAUACGAUGGAGUGUCUGCGACAGACCUGGGCGAUUAUGCUGUUCGCUAUCCCGUGGAUGAUCUUCAACAUCAUGUCCUUAAAGAUGGUGUUCUUUGCAAUGUGCUUUUCCGCAUGCUUCGAUCACGUAAACGGGGCACUGCGAGCUCUGACCGGCCACGUUGAGACCGACUUUGGUGACCUCCGCAGCAUCCUCCAGUAUCUGUGCGCCUCCCAUCGUAAGCUCUCCCAGGCGUAUGAAUUUGUUUUGCUGGCGUCGAAGGCCGAGCUGAUUCCGUUCAUGUUCUUCGGCGUUGCUGGCCCCGUCUACUUCAGCAUGCUGGGCUUUAUCCUGAGCAGCGACGCGCUCGGAUCAGCCCAGUGGUCGGCGGCGGCGUUCGGCCUCGUGACCUGCCUGCUGGGCGCCAUCGUCUUCGUCAUCGCUAUCUACCUGCCCUGCGAGGCUUCCCAGCAGGUCAUCAAUAGCGUCUACAGGAUUCAGAACACGCUCUGGGACAUCAGGAUGUGCAACAACGAGCACUUGGAGCAACCGGUGGCGCUAUACUUUGACCAGCUGUCCCACGACAAAGACUCGAUGGGGGACCUGCGGCUGUUCCGACUGCACCGAGCCACCACAACCAGUUGUCUGACUGUCACGGCAACUUACGUCAUAGUGCUGCUGCAGUUCCUGACGGGCGGCAGCGGCCCCGAACAGGCCCCGCCCACAGCCGUGACGUCACCGCUGCCGUCGACAGCCGCCGGCCCGAGCUGAGCUGUGACGUCACACAUGAUUACCGUUUUGAGCGACCUAGCAAUUACUGGAGAUUAUUUGCUGCAGUGUGCUGCUUACGCGGCAAUUUGGAUAGCUUUUGAUGUUGUGAGUGGUUGAUGAUCCUAAACCAGGUGCAUCGUGCCUCUUUGAUAUUGGCGUGAUUUCCGAGUGACAGGUAGCAUAGCCUUCGAUUACACAUCGACAACCCAUCGCACACCCA